AUGACGCAGCAUGCAUUGGAUGACCUCAGUGAAUUCUCCAUUCAUCAUCUUCGCCUCCGCCUUUCACCAAAGCGCAAAGAGGAUGAAAGUGCUUUGACAUCUGAGGCAACAGACUCGUCACAUUCACAGAACCCUGAUGAGGCACUGAUCGUUCGCUUGGAAGCAGACAACAAGAUAUCAGCAAUUUACUCAGAGCCUCCACGGCAUUCUAAAGUGCUCCGUAUUUUCUACCCAUCCAAUCAGACCCCAUCAACUUCCUCAAGCUCAUCCUUGCUGUCCAACUACCUAGCUUCCCAGCUGGAAGAAGUUUACGUGGAGGAGCGGGCUAUCCUCGAGCAUGUUUUAACGUCUGGCCUACCCCCCUUCGGACAACAGGCCCAGUCGUCGAACACAGCGUCUCGGGAACUACGAAAUAGGCAGAGAAGGCUGCCCAAUCCAGAGCUCUCGGGGAAGCUUGCGACCCGUAUGGAUAGGUCUUUGAAAUACGCACCGACGUACCACAUUACCAUUUCACUCUUUACUCCCACAGCGCAGCCUUCUGCCUGGGAUAUCGAAGCCGCGAUAGCGGAUUACUUUGCGCCUCUCCUGAAGUUACUAUCACCUGUUAGCACCUUCACUGUGGAGACCCAAAUACAGCUGCAUGCCCAAUUCGCGCCCUCGGUCCAUCUACCAGAAUUCGAUGAGCAGCAGAAUUUCUGGACACUUCGUGAAGAGGAUAUCAGUGCCUUUAUCAACGCAGCAGAAUGGCCUUUAAGUCCAAGUCUUGGAGCGGGUCCUACUCUUAAUUUCAUCUUGGCUGCUUCGCUUCUUCUGUCUGCAUCUUCGACGAUGGGUUCGCUUGCAAACUUGACUGUUGCUCUCCCUUCCAUAGCGAUCCCGGAGACCGUAUCCUUUGCAGUCGAUAUUACACUUUCUCACCUCAGGCAGGCCUGUUCUGAUCUCAAAGCGGGCAAGUUCGUGAAAGCACUUGAGCAUGCAAGAGUUGCCGAGGAGCAGGCAGAGAAAGGAUUCUUUGAGAAAAGCAUGGUCGGUCAGGUCUACUUCCCAGAUGAACACAAGGUUGCCGUCUAUCUACCCCUCCUUGGACCUAUCGGUGUGCCGCUGGUAAUGAGCGCCCUCAAAGAAGUGAAAAGAAUUGUGGCAGUGUACAGGGAAAGGAAAUACGGUAGGUGA